AGCUAUUGACACUAGAACAGGAAGCAAUAUUCUCGGAGUGGCAGUUCAGUAUGCCAUUGAAAGGUUUUAAUUGUGUGAACAACAUGUAAAAGUGGCUCAUGGAAAGAUUUUGUCAAGGAAUUUUUAUUUACGAGAUACAUAAUGCUCUGGUUGGUGCUUCUGCUGCUCCCCGGAUGUUGGGGUGGUACCCAAGACUCGCCUACUGCUGAGGUACCCCAGGGGACAAUAUUGGGGCGAUGGUUCACCACACGGGGCGGUCGAGAUGUCGAGGGUUACUUGGGCAUUCCCUACGCAGCUCCACCCCUGGGCCCACUCCGGUUCAGGCCCCCACAGCCUCCUCUACCAUGGGAAGGUCAGCUGGAUGCUACAGAAGACGGCCAAGAAUGUCUGCAAGCCAUGGUCCCCGUUGGAGCUGAAGACUGUCUUUAUCUCAAUGUUUACACACCACAUGCUACACCCAAACCGAAAUACACAGUAAUGGUGUUUAUCUAUGGUGGUGGCUUUGAGAUUGGUUCUGCCUACAGUUACACAUACGGACCCGACUAUUUCUUAGAUGAAGAUAUAGUUCUCGUCACUCUAAACUACAGAGUGGGAGUUUUAGGUUUCCUGUCCCUGGAUGACCCAGCAUUGCCAGGAAACCUUGGGCUCAAGGACCAAAGAUUAGCUCUGCGCUGGAUUCACAGGAACAUCAUAUACUUCGGAGGAGAUCCUCGAAGGAUAACCAUAUUUGGCCAGAGUGCGGGAGCAGCCAGUGUCCACUAUCAUAUGAAGUUUACAUCACACGAAGGUUUGUUCAGAUCAGCAAUAUUACAGAGUGGUUCAUCGUUUGACUGUUGGGCCUUCCAACCUCCUGGAUCUCAACAGAUUUACAUCGAUUUUAUCGCUGCAAGAACUGCUUGUAACCAAACAAACUCCCAUGAGUUUGUUGACUGUUUACGAACAGUACCAGCUGAAAGAUUUUCAAUAAUACUUGGACAGCUUUUGGUUAAUUCAGACCCCUUGAUGAGGAAGGUCACCCUGCUGACUCCAGUGAUUGAGCCUCCCGGAUCAGAAGAUCCUUUCAUUACAGUUGACCCCUACACUGUCCCCACAGCUAUCCCCAUGAUAGCUGGAGUCACAGACAUGGAGGCCUUAGACAUCAACCUGCCUCCUUAUUUGUAUCAGGAUCCUACAGACACUUUGUUUGCUGGGUUAGAUUCAAACUACACUCUAUUUUUGCCUGUCAAUCUGCAAUACAACGACACAGCACAGGACCCUGUUUCUGUCUCCAAAAAAUUAAAAGAAUUCUACCUUGGGGAUGAACACUUUGCUAGGAAGAAUUACUUGGACAUUGUAAAGUUGUACUCUGAUGGCUCCUUCAUCAAUGGUGUUUACAGGGCUGCGAGAUCAAAUAGGCAGAAGACGUACUUUUAUUUAUUCAGUUACCUAGGGUUGAAUUCCAUCACUUACUCAACAGGAAGCACUGGUAGAUUUGGAGCUGCACAUGCAGAUGACCUCUACUUCUUCUUCAAAGUAAAUGCACCUGCAGAUGAGGUACCUGCCGAUGUGGAGUUAUCCAAGAAGUUGGUCAAAAUGUGGACAAACUUUGCUCAACAUUUUGACCCCAACGGUAACUACUUCCCCGUCCACUGGGCUCCAGUUUCCACACCACACAUUGAGUAUCUUAGUAUCGGACAGACCAAUAUUACCAUGGAGGAAAAACCAUUCCUCCCCUCUAGAAUGGAGUUUUGGGAUGAACUACCUUUUAGAAAUAAGCCGAUUGAGUUUAAGUGGCCAUCAACUCCGUCCCACAGCUUGUCAAUAUCCAGAAUCACAGAGAAGUACUUGGGUAACAGGCAAGGCCAGCAAACAUCUCACCUCUACGCUUCUGAUUCAGAGUAGUGACAAUAUUAAUUUUUCCUAAUAGAAAAAUCUAAUCAAUUUUGAGAUUCUGAACUGCUUAGGGAGAAAUGGUUCUUAAUUGCAGUUACAUUAAUGUCCUAGGAUAACCUAGGAUAUUGUGUUGGUAAAUGAUUCUAGCUACUGUAAGACUAUAUAACAGUAUUUGCUUUCUGUUUUCAACAUCAUGUUUAGAAAAAUAAAUCUGUUUUAAUAAAUUCACGUUUUUUGCUGAAAAACAUAUAAUUUAUGUGGCCUAUAGCAUCCGAUGUACAGUUUCAAUAUGAAUUAUAAACCUGCCAAGAGAUAAAAAAGAUUACUAAAAGUAUGUGUUAUUUAUAAAAUAGAAAAAAAAAUACCUAAAAGAAGGGAAACCCGAAAGUCAAAUCCUGAUUGUGGUAGCAUUUGAUGUUGUAUAAUGUAUGAUAUGUAAAUAUCGACGAAUAAAGUUUCAUUUAGUUAAAUUGUAAACUAUUUUCUUAAAAUGGAUAUUUUUCAUCCCU